AUGGGAAAUAAAUCAGCAAAAGUUGAAAGAUAAGAUUCUUCUGAAUUACUCUUAAGCCAACAUACGAAUACUAUUGAGUCAUCAUAGGUUGAAAAUUCUAAAAUAUUUGUUUAAGAAAAUAAUUUAUCGUAUUGUUUUGCAUGUUGCAACUGCUUUGGCCUAAUCAAAACUCAAGUAGUGGAGAUUUAAUUAUCUUGGAUUGAGUAUACUAUAAGAAAAUUAACCAGAGGCUAAUUUAAACACUAUUAAUGGUCGGACCUCAUGUAGCUUAGAUUACAAAGUAUCGAUAUUAAGAAUUUCGAAGAAUUGCAAGCUAUCUAUUUAAAUAAAAUAAGAUUGAUUAUAAGUUGUUACGAAACAACUUCUUCAUUUUAUUAAAACAAAAUUUCAAACCAUUUUGAAUAAAAUGAAUAAUCUAAAAUAAAUAUUUUUGAGUACUAUGAAGAAGAGGUCAACACAAUCUUUGAGGAUAGAAAGAAAUCUGGUUUGAAUGAGAAAAAAUUCUUCAGAGAAAUAAUGGGAAUGAUAUACUAAUAAAUUUAAAUUGCUGACCAUCCAUGUGGAUUAAUCUUAUAAACAUUUCAAAAUUAUAUUGUAAAUUAUACUGGGCCUUAAGUGUGGUUUAGAGAUUCAUUUAGAAGAGAUAAAAAUAAGAAUCAAUUGAUUAAAAGCACAGAACUUUGUGAUGAAAUUAUUGAGUUCCUUAAAUUCUUUGUAAAUUGCAUAGAAAGUUACUAUAUGAUAGAUAAGUUUGUCCAUUAAACUCAAUUAUUAAACUGCUUUACCAGUACAAACACUAUUGCAUUUGUGAUUAAUGUCCUAUUUUUAGAUGAAAGAAUCUAUCAAAAAAUUUUGAAGAGUUUCUCUGAGCUUUAUGCAUAUGAGAACUCUUAAUAUUAAUUUAACUUGAGACUGAUAAAGAAUAAUAAGAUUGAUGAGUUUGAUGUUCCUUAAUAAUUAUUGCUGAACUAACAACUUGAAAUAGCAUUUCAACCUUAAAAUGAUUAAUUAAAAGGUAAUCCAUCAAUCCAAUUUUCUGACUUUGAAGAUUAUAAUCAACCAUACUAAUCAGCAAUAAAUACUUUAAAGCAACUGGAAUAAGUACAGUCUCCCACAAACUAAUUGAAAAUUAUCUCCAAAACUUUUACAGAGAUUCAUAGUUGCAUAAAGGAAUAUUAUGAUAAGCAUCCUGAACUUGAAUCUAUUAAGAGCUACGGCACAGAUGACAUUGUUCCUAUUUUGACAUAUGUAAUUGUCAAGUCCAAUAUACAAAAUUUUGGAAUUAUGUUAAAAAUAAUUGAAGCUUUCACGCCUAAGCAAAUAAUGACAGGAAUACUUGGAUAUUAUUUGGUGACCAUUUAGGGUUGUUAUAUGAGAAUUUCCUAAUAUGAAAAAUUUGAAUAGGUUAGGAAAACCAUAAAAAAGACAAAAUCUGAAGUAGAAGCAGUGGAUUAUAAAUAAUCAAAGUAAAAAAUUAAAAGCUCUGAUUAAUUGAAUUUUUGA